UUCAAGCUUAUCUCAAAACAAUCACUUCUUUCCAUCGUGGAACACUAGAACAAGAUGGAUGAGACACCUAUCGACCUUACCUCCAACCGUGAGGAGAUGGCCAAGUUGAACAGUGUCGAACAAACGCAGCUCAUCCUUGCGCGAUUAAUGGAAGGGGGCCAAGAAGACGACGAUACUUGUCGAGAACUGGAUCGCCUCACCAAGCUCUUAAACAAUGAUAUCGAAUCUAAGACUAAGGAGCAGUCUAUCUGUGAUGUCAUUGACGAUGUAUGUCUUGAUACUAUACUCGGCUAUCUCGACAUGCGACAAGCCGAUCUGGUUCGAGCCCAUGGAAUCUUGACCACUUCUGCUUAUCUAAAAGCAGCCGGAGACAAAGGGAACGAGGCUCUACGCAACUUCUUCUUCGACCGAGUCAAGAGAGGCACAUAUGACGAUUAUAUCGUUGCUUUCUGUGUCGCCGCCGCCGUCUUUCCCAUCGUCCCCGAUGUUAUGGCUGACAUAUUCCUCAGCGAAGGCUUUUUGCCAAGCCUCGACCCCUUGAUGCGAAGAAAAUGGAAGAGUAGAAAGGUCGAGACGGCAUGUCUGGAAAUGCUUAAUGCUGCCUCUAUGAACUCGCAGUGCCGUGAGGCUAUUCGAAAAUACUGCACUGACUGGCUAGAAGAAGUCGUUGACCAGGAUCUUAACGAGCUAACUAAUUCCAUCCACUCGGCGGACCCCGAUGUUCAUGUUACGGAAGGUUCAAUCGCCAUGAGGAGGCAUUCCGAGACAGUCCAGAACUUGGCCGCGGUCAUUCUAGCAAAAUUGAGGGCAGUGCCCUCGUCGGCGCAACAAACGACGGAAGGAUCCGAUGAGAGAAUACAACAAGCGAAUACUAGUAUCGAGGAUCUCUCCAAGAUGUUUAGUUCGAUGAUACUAAAAGACUCGGAUAACGACAAGCGACUUUCGGUGGAGGGUUUGGCAUACGCUACUAUCCAACCCGCAGUUAAAGAGGAGGUUGCGGGCAACAAGGAGCUCCUAAAGACUCUUGUGAAAAUCCUAGGUGAUGCGCCUGCAAAGUCGCCACUUACGUACGGAGCUCUGAGUGUUUUUAUGAAUCUUACCCGCUACCAACCAACACAAUCCGAGGAAGAGAAGAAAAUGUCACAAUUAAAGGCUUAUGCUAACGCAUCCGGAAAGCUGGGACCGUCGAACCCCCUUAAUGACGAUGAUCACGUUUCGCAGCGAUGUAAACGAGUUUUUGAAGCAGGCAUUGUGCCUGUCUUGGUAACCCACAGUCGCCAUGGUUCUGUUGCGUCGCUGAAUCUAAUCGUAUCUAUUAUCUCUGCGCUGUCGGUCACAACUAGUUUACGAGGUCAACUUGCCCAGCAGGGGGCAGUGAAUCUUCUCAUUGCCGCCUGCACUGCUUUACCUGACUCUGAAUCGCAGACGAAACGCACUUCCGCUCAAGCACUUGCUCGUAUUUUAAUCAGCACAGAUCCUUCUCUUGUUUUUGGCGGAACACGCGCGCGUCCGAUGAACACAGCUAUCAGACCUCUCAUUUACAUACUAUCCCCCGAUCCUGCAGCCGAAACCCGAGAUCUCUUACCAACAUUCGAGGCCUUAAUGGCGCUCACCAAUCUCGCUUCGACGGAUGACGAUACGCGAGCAACCAUUAUCCGUAACGCGUGGUCCGAGAUCGAGGAGCAGUUAUUAUCCUCUAAUCACAUGGUCUCCAAAGCUGCUGUGGAAUUAGUAUGCAACUUAGUGCAAUGCGUCGAGGGUAUUGCUCUAUACGCGGCGGACGAUGUGCAAGCCGCAAACCGGUUGCAUAUUCUCCUUGCUCUAGCGGAUGCUGAGGAUGAGGGGACUCGAAGCGCUGCUGGUGGAGCGCUAGCGUCUCUAACAUCAUUUGAAGCUGUCGUAACGGGUAUCGUGAAGAGAAAGCGUGGGGUUGAGGUAGUCUUAGGUUUAUGCAGCGAGAAAAGCGAGGACCUACGUCAUCGAGGCGUAUUUGUCGUCUACAACAUGGUAGCAUGCGAAGGAGAACCAGGAAAGUUGGCGAGAAAGGCGAUACGUGAGAAGAAUGGAGUUGAGGUACUAAAAGAAUGUGCUAAGAGCAGCAGAAGGGCUGAGGUUGUCGAGGUCACGAUCCAAGCUCUAAAGGUUUUGCUUGAGCAACAAGAUUAAGAUUGAUUAGAUUGCUUUUCAAGGAACAGAGGAGUUACGCCGAGAUGGCUAAUACGUUACAAAUUCUGGUAAUGAGACCUUAAGAGAGAGUACUUCAUUUAUUUGUCGUGGAGUCAAGAUAUAAAAUAUUCCCCAACACCAAACUUCGCAGU